AUGCUGAGAAUAUGGAAAGAUCACUUCUGCAAUCUCUACAAUGGCGAUGACGAAGCCAACCCCGCCCAAAGACAGAUUGCACCAUUCAAUAUCGACGAUGAAGGCCAACAUUUCCGUCCCCCCGACCUGGAAGAAGUGAAGGCAGUCAUAUCCAAGCUUAAGUCAAACAAAGCCGCUGGAGCUGACGGCCUUGCUGCCGAACUAUUUAAAGCAGCAGGAGAUGACCUGGUUAGGAGUAUGCACCAGCUCAUCUGCCGAAUAUGGUCGGAGGAAAGCAUGUCCACAGAAUGGAAUCUCAGCAUCGUGUGCCCGAUCCUUAAGAAAGGAGACCCUCUAACCUGCGCCAACUACAGAGGAAUCAGCCUCCUUAACAUCUCAUAUAAGAAACUCUCUGCCGUACUAUGUGAACGUCGUAGCCGCCUUACGGUGCUGGUCACCCUAAUUAAGCCUGAUUGCGAGCUUAGCAAAGUAAUUUUUGCUAACCGAUCAUCUCUAGAAGAAUCAGAGGUAAGAGAGGAAGAUGGUGAAUUUUUUAAUCCAACUCUGAUGGGUUAA